AGUCCAGUAGGUAUGUAUGGAGUAAAAAAUUAAAUUUUAUAAAUAUUUCCAGCCCUGAAUAAAAAAUAUUAUUCUAAAAUAUUAGUUAAUUCGAUAUACCGUAUAUUUAAUUAGAUAAAUUCUAUUCAAAGUUAACAAAGUCUCAGAUAUUAAAAUGGCUCCAAGAAAAGGAAAAACUCCGAAAGAAGAAGUUCAAUUAUCCCUUGGACCCCAAGUUCGCGAAGGUGAAAUAGUUUUUGGUGUAGCACAUAUUUUCGCUAGUUUCAACGACACAUUUGUUCAUGUCACCGAUUUGUCCGGAAGGGAAACUAUUUCCAGGGUUACUGGAGGCAUGAAAGUUAAAGCUGAUAGAGAUGAAGCUUCUCCUUAUGCUGCUAUGUUGGCAGCACAGGAUGUAGCUGAAAAAUGCAAAACUUUAGGAAUUACUGCAUUACACAUCAAACUACGUGCUACAGGUGGAAAUAAAACUAAAACCCCAGGACCUGGUGCCCAGAGUGCACUUAGAGCUUUAGCUCGAUCAAACAUGAAAAUUGGUAGGAUUGAAGAUGUUACACCCAUCCCAUCUGAUUCAACUCGCAGGAAGGGAGGUCGCCGUGGUCGUAGAUUGUAGAGUGUUCCUCUAUAUUUAAAAAUCUAUCCAAUUUUUUGUUUAUAUCUUUUAAGUAUAUAACAUGUUCAUUCAAUAAACAUUUGACUGGAUUA